UGCUGGAGACGGAACCCAGGGCUCUGCACGGACUGAGCAGUUGAGCUGCACCCUCGGCCACCUCCUGAGACCUGACGGUGCCUGAGCAGCUGAGCCCCGCUGACUGCAGCCGCACCCCCGCCCCGCGCCCCACGGCCACACCAUGUCCGGCUCCUACGAUGAGGCCUCGCUGGCUCCGGAGGAGACCACCGACAGCUUCUGGGAGGUGGGGAACUACAAGCGCACGGUGAAACGCAUCGACGACGGCCACCGCCUGUGCAAUGACCUGAUGAGCUGCGUGCAGGAGCGCGCCAAGAUCGAGAAGGCGUACGCACAGCAGCUCACCGACUGGGCCAAGCGCUGGCGCCAGCUCAUCGAGAAAGGCCCGCAGUAUGGCAGCCUGGAGCGGGCCUGGGGCGCCAUCAUGACAGAGGCAGACAAGGUGAGCGAGCUGCACCAGGAGGUGAAGAACAGCCUGCUGAAUGAGGACCUGGAGAAAGUCAAGAACUGGCAGAAGGACGCCUACCACAAGCAGAUCAUGGGCGGCUUCAAGGAGACCAAGGAGGCUGAGGACGGCUUCCGCAAGGCCCAGAAGCCCUGGGCCAAGAAGAUGAAGGAGCUGGAGGCUGCCAAGAAGGCCUACCACCUGGCGUGCAAAGAGGAGAAGCUGGCCAUGACGCGGGAAAUGAACAGCAAGGGCGAGCAGUCGGUCACGCCCGAGCAGCAGAAGAAGCUGCAGGACAAAGUGGACAAGUGCAAACAGGAUGUGCAGAAGACGCAGGAGAAGUACGAGAAGGUGCUGGACGACGUGGGCAAGACCACGCCCCAGUACAUGGAGGGCAUGGAGCAGGUGUUCGAGCAGUGCCAGCAGUUUGAGGAGAAGCGACUGGUCUUCCUCAAGGAGGUGCUUCUGGACAUCAAGCGUCACCUCAACCUGGCGGAGAAUAGCAGCUACAUCCACGUGUACCGAGAGCUGGAGCAGGCCAUCCGGGGGGCCGACGCCCAGGAGGACCUCCGAUGGUUCCGCAGCACCAGCGGCCCCGGCAUGCCCAUGAACUGGCCCCAGUUCGAGGAGUGGAACCCAGAUCUGCCCCACACCACUGCCAAGAAGGAGAAGCAGCCCAAGAAGACCGAGGGGGCGGCGCUGAGCAACGCCACCGGGGCGGUGGAGUCCACAUCCCAGGCUGGGGACCGCGGCAGCGUCAGCAGCUACGACAGAGGCCAGCCUUACGCCACAGAGUGGUCGGACGACGAGAGCGGAAACCCCUUUGGAGGCAAUGAGGCCAACGGAGGCGCCAAUCCCUUCGAGGAUGACGCCAAGGGCGUCCGCGUUCGGGCCCUGUAUGAUUACGACGGCCAGGAGCAGGACGAGCUCAGCUUCAAGGCGGGAGACGAGCUCACCAAGCUGGGCGAAGAGGACGAGCAGGGUUGGUGCCGCGGGCGGCUGGACAGCGGGCAGCUGGGCCUCUACCCCGCCAACUACGUGGAGGCCAUCUAGCUGCCCGCCGGGCCACGCCCUCCCUCGGCCCCACCGCGGCCCUGCCCUCCCCCCUUCCUUUCCCUCCCCUUGCCAUAGAGUUCCAGACAUAUUUUCCGAUCAAGCUUUUAUUUUUUUAAAAGUCAAAACAGAACAAAAAAUAUAAAGAGACGGAGCAUUUGCAGGGCCACCUGGAGGCCAGGGUGGUGGAACUUGGGACGACGGCCCUGGGGUGGCUGAGGGUCUUAGGACUUAGCCCAACAUCACAUCUGCUCUUCGGAGUCCACCAAAGAGUCUCCUGAGCCCCGAGAGACAUCUGGACCCCUCUUCCCUGCCUCGCCGUCGCCUACCUGCCCCAGCUCACGCCAGGUGCCAGCACCGCCCCUGCUCUCUGAGCCUAGCCUCCUAACCUCCCCCUCCUCCUCUCCCCAAGAAGGGAGCCCCGAUCUUGAGUCUUCCACUCUGCCCGGAGAAGCUUCUCCUAGCCCCAUCCCUUGGGACUGGAGGGGGAAAUGUCACCCUCCUUUCCUGCAGAGGUUCCCAGGGGCUCCCAGGCUUCCCCAGGCAUGAAGUGAGGUGAUCUAGAUGGAGGGGCAGUGCCACUGCAUAGCGGAGGCUAUGUGGAAGGACACUGGCACUUCAGCCCAGGCUGUGCCAGGCCUCCCAAAGCCGAGCCCAUCUGUGGACCAAGACCCUUCUUCCCAGCUGCCAACGCUAUGGGCAGAGCCCCCUCCUGAGAGCCACACCCCUCCAUCACUCGCAGAGGCCCUGCCCCCCUCUCUUAAAUCCUUUGCCAGGGGCAGGGGCCCCCAAACCCAGGGCAAAGCCAGCAACAGUAGCAGCCUCCUCCCGUUUCCUGGGGAGGAGGGCAUCUUGCCCAGUCCACUCUCACCCGCUCCCUACCGAUCCAAACCCUGGAAUCACGGGCUCAGCGCCAGCCUCCGUGAAGCCAAGCCUUGUGCCUGCAAGGCUCCCGGCCUGACCGGUACCCCCACCCCCGCCUGGGGAGGUGCUGGGGGCCGCGGGCACUUCCAGCCUGGGGCCAUCAGGGCAAGGCCUGCGGUCAAGUGGGGCAGGGGGGAGCAUCUCUGGCCUCCGGGGCAAGACAGUCACCCGUCUUUCUUCCUGGUCCCCCAACCCUUGGAACAACAUUCCUCUGCGGGCAGCACCCCCAUCUCUCCAAGCCUGGGUCCCAGUCAAAGGAGCCAGGGGCGUGAGGGGCAGAGGGCCGCUUGGCUUGGUGACGACAGUUGUCCCCGUGUCGGUACGGGGAUCACAGACUCCUCCUCCUCCCUGCUUCCGGGGGCUCCGGGGGCUCCGGCGAGAGGCAGUGCGCUGCCCCAGCCCUUCGCUCCCUGCUCCUCCAGGGCUCCGCCCCGCUCCUGUGGGCCGCAAGGAUGCGACCGCUCUGGCAGGGCCCAGGCUGGGACAGGCCUCCCUCAGGGGCAGGGACAAUGACACCCCAGGCACAGACAUGCCCCCCGCUGCCAGCACUCUUUUUAUCACUGUCUGGUCUCUGGGCCUCUGCUGCAGCCUGAGACGUGGCCCGGGCCUCUCAGAGCCCAGAGCGCUGGCUGAACCCACAGCGCUGGCUGGGGGCUCUGCCCCUUACCGCUUGCCUGCAGCGGCAGCAAGCUGGCUCGCCCGCAUCUUGGAGCCUAGGCUCCCCCUCUUUGUGCCAGGCUGGACCCCGGCCUGUCCCUCUGGCUGCCCAGUGCCGGGCAGGGACUGGAGAACCCACCCCUUUGGAGCAGCCACCUCCACAACCCCACAUGGGAUCCGCCCUCAGACCCCAAGCCCCUGAGAACCCCGAAGCAGGAGGGUCCCCCCUCUGCAAGUCCCCUGAGCUCGGGGACCCGCCUCACCUGUCAGUGCUGGUGUCAGGGCCACGCCCACCCGCCUCCUGUGGCCCCGCCCUCCCCUACGUGAUGCGGCGCAGGCCUGGCCCUGGCGGGCUCUGCCAGUGACAUGUCUGUCUCCAGUUAACGACCAUUCUGCGGCCGGGCUCUGCGAGGGCCUGGGCUGCCCCGCUGCCGCCGCCACCACCUGCCGCCUAGGCUACCUGAUUCCAUUAGUUCCGACACUUGUGAACCUCCGAGAAGUGCUGUGGUCUCAGCAACGCACCUGUUUUGUACAUGAUUGUGUAAUUUAAAGGUAUAUAAAUACAAAUAUCUAUAUAUAUAUAUAAGUCGUGACUGUAUGACUGUGGAUAAACCCAGAACUGUGUCAA